AUUGAUUUUUAACCCUGUCUCCCCCCCUCUUUCGUUCACAGGUUAUCCCCAGGCUACUUACCCCUCCGCCCCACUCCCCAGCCCCCACCCCACCCCCCCAGUCCCCACCCCAGGAUUCAACAUCUACCCCUCCUCCAAUCCGGGCGCAGGGCAGCUAGUUCAGCCCCAGUCCCCACCCCACGCAUACGGGGACCCCGCCGCUCAACACCCCCAGUCGGCCAUCACGCCCUAUCUGCCCGUGUCCACCGGCAUCCCCCCGGGGCUGGAGUAUCUAAUGCAGAUCGACCAGGUUCUGAUCCAGCAGAAAGUGGAGCUGGUGGAAGCCUUCAUUGGCUUCGAGACCGCCAACAAGUACGAGCUGCGGGAUGGGCUGGGCCGGCAGAUCUUCGAGGCCAAGGAGCAGAGCGACUGCUGCACCCGCAACUGCUGCGGGUCCCUGCGGCGCCUCCGGCUGAGCGUGGCCGAGCCGGGGGGCCGCCCCGUGCUGCGCCUCCUGCGCCCCCUCAAGUGCGCCACCUGCUGGUGCCCCUGCUGCCUGCAGGAGCUGGAGGUGCAGUGCCCCCCAGGCACCACCAUCGGGCACGUGGUGCAGACCUGGCACCCCUUCACUCCCAAGUUCUCCGUCCAGAACGCCGAGAAGCAGACGGUGUUGCGCGUACUGGGGCCCUGCUGCGUCUUUCGCUGCGGGGGGGACGUCAACUUCGAGGUGAAGACGAGCGACGAGGCGCGGGGCGUGGGCCAGAUCAGUAAGCAGUGGGGAGGGCUGCUGAAGGAGGUCUUCACCGACACCGACAUCUUUGGCAUCCAGUUCCCCGUGGACCUGGACGUCAAGAUGAAGGCCGUGCUGCUGGGGGCCUGCUUCCUCAUCGAUUACAUGUUCUUCGAGAGAGCGGGCAAGACCGGCCAAAGGAGCACGGUGCUGAGUAGCUAG